CCCGGUGGGCCGGGGGAAAAAAGCCUAUUUAUGUAACCAUCGGGGUAACGGCAGCAGAAUAAUUGGAGAAAUCGAAGGAAAGGAGUGCGUAGUGGUAGGCGAUUAGUGCUCGCUCUCGGCUCUCUCACUGCGCGAUCGAUCGCUCUGCUCCAAUUCCUCGCCGGUCUCUUCUUAAUUACCGAUAGUUUUUGUUUUGAAAAGUACGGACGGGGAUCCCGUCCGUAAGUCUGUGAUUGGAUUUCACGCCGCCGUCCAAAGAGAAUGGACCCGGCGGAGAAGAGAACUUGGACGCUGAAGCAACUGGGGCGACAACUGGGCGAGAUCGAGACGGAAAGUCAGGCCAGGAUCGACGCAGCUUUUGCGCCACUGCAGCAAACCGAGAAUACCAUGCGACUUAUCUUUGAGGGCUACAUGGCCAACCGUGACUCCUUCCCAGUCGAGUCCCAAGAUGACUUCGACAUUGUCUUCAUACUCCACGGUCAAGGCUUGCGGUUCAAGGUUAGGCUCUAUCGAGAGCAUCUAGGAGAUGCUCUCUUCAGCGAAUUCCAGAGAGCACUGACCAGAUUGGGAGACAUAGAGUUUGAGACUGAUGAGUCGACCUGCCCCUGUGCCAGCAAUUUGACCAUCACCUGAGCAUCUCCGAUGAUGCUAGCUGCAUAUGCCACAUAUAUGAAUAAUUUCUACGAUAUGAACCUAUCAUUUUUUUCUCGAUUUGUAGUGAUUUUGAGAAUUUUUACAUUUCAUUAAUAAAACUUUAUGAUG